CAUCUGACACAUAAGAUUGGUAGAAUAACAUUUGCAUUGAUGCGUGUAUGUGUAUGACUAUAAAACAAUUAAACAGGGUACACAUCACUGCUGUUCUACAAAGCUUGUGGAGAGGUCACAAGAUAUUGUUUGUGAAAUCUUGAAUACAAGGGAUCAGAAUGCAACUGUAUCUGUUUUCCGUGAUCUACGUUUUCCUAGCGUAUGCCAAUGGGAACGGCGUAAAAGAAAAACUGCAGAUAAUUCCUCCAAGUAUGCCAAGCUUUAACGAAAUGGCGUCACUAGGGCGGUGGUUUCAGCAGUUUCGAGUGGCCGGUUGUCAAUAUUCAAGCUCUGACAGGUUUACAUAUCACGAGCAAAAUCUAGUGAAAUUCGGAAAAGCACUUCAUAGUGUUGCCACGUGGAGAAAUGAUAUUUGCAACACUUUAACCACGAGAUAUUUUACUACAGGCCCAGGAGUCUAUACAGUCAAAGAUGCAUUUGGUGCCAUUUGGAGCGGAUUAGCAAUUAUUCCAGCCACUGAUUAUAAGACAUUUAAAAUUUUAUAUGGAUGCAUGAAGAUUUCAGUACUGGGCAACAGAUGCGAUGAUCCCCGGCUUCAGGUUUAUACAAGAGCUCCAAACCCAGGAAAAAGAUUGAUGGCAAAAAUUGAUUACGUUCUGCGAGGACUUUUUGGAAUAACAAUCUCUGAGUUACCUAGAAUUAGACAACUCGAACCAUGUCCUUCUUUCCGAGAAAAUACUAGAGGAGAUGGCAAAACGAUGGGCUAAUUACCGAGGAAUCUUCGAAAAUAUAUAAAAUAAUAGUGUAACUGAUAUGAAAUAAUGUAUAAAUGCUAAGAGUUAAAAUGAUGUAUAAAUUCUGUCUGAAACGUUCAUAAUCAAUUUUAAACGGCUAUACAAAACGUUUUAAACAUACUGAAGCAUAAUUUUUGCUGACCUUUUCUGCACAUAAUGACUACCAAUGACUUUAAAUGAGACCCAAAAAGAAGUAUUUGAAAAUUGUUUGUGACCAAACGUGAAAUGCUUCGCAUGUGAAAUGCUUUCAUAGAGUUCAAUAUGGUUUUCUCAGCUGGGUACAAGUCCAAAUAUAUCUCGUGUUGUACAGUACAAUGUUAAAUAACCUUUUUAUUCUAUAUCUAUUUUGUCUUACUAUAAUAAUAGUUUAAAUUAAAAAUGUUACACUGAA